UUGAACACUGUUCGUUCAACAUAAGCGAAUCUUCAUCACUGAAGUCCAGGUUCUUGUCGCUGUUCUGUUUCUGGAACCCAAACACUUGCAAACUGAGAGACAUUUGCAUCCUUUGGACUGGACCCCAUCUCUUUACACACCUGGAAAGAGGAAACAGUUCAACUUGCAAAUGACGCAUGCUGGUUCAACGGGCCUUGGAAACCACCAAAAUGACCAACGAAUUAAUUUCCAAUUAUUAAUGAAAGUGACCUGUCAAGAGAAGAUAGAGAGCCUCCACAGGGAUAUUGCCAGCAGAGCAAUUGGGGCUGACUCAUGCUGAAACUUGGCAGAAGGAACAGAGGGGGAACUGAAAGCCAGAACACGUACCGCCGAACUCUGGGUGUAAUUAAUUGGAGUUCUAGAGUUGAAGAAGGACGUGUGGUUCCCUGACAAGAGACUGAAACAAAUUGUUGAAACUGACAUCAGGACAAACGAAACGCCAAGGACUUCAUAUCUCGAGUUACGUUCUCAAGAGUUGCAGCCAAGUUACAAUAACCUUGACAAUGAACGACAAAAGUAAUCAUUCUGGAAGAAGGCAGGAUUACGCCAUGGAGAAUGCAGCAUUUGAGCUGGAGGAAGAUGCAUCUUCCAAAAGUAAAGAUGACGUAAAGUCUGAGUCACCCACAGGCAAGAGAAAUGCCAAAUUUCUGAGCAAAGUAUCUCAGUCUGCCUCAAGGGUGAAGUCAGCGUACAAAGCCCAUGCGUCUGUAAUCAAGUACAUCAUUAUGGGCAUGCUCCUUGCAGGCUUUCUAGCAUACCUCAUCACUGCCUGCGUACUCAACUUUCGUCGAGCAAUUGCCCUCUUGGUCAUUACCUGUGUUGUCGCUUUCUUUGUGAUUUAUGAUCUCAUCAAGAGAUUUCUGGGGAAAAGAAUCACCCACUUCUUCUCGCCUGUGGGUUCAUGUCUCAAGCAACACUCCAGAUGGUUUAGGUGGAUAAUUAGCUUUUUGGCUUUGGCGGGUUUGAUCAUCUGGUUAGCGGUUGACACGGCGAAGAGGCCGAAGCAGUUAAUCUCCUUUGGAGGGUUGUGCCUGCUCGUCAUCAUACUCUUCAUCUUCUCCAGAAAACCUCUCGCGGUAUCGGGUCGAACUCUGUUUGUGGGACUGGGCCUGCAAUUCGUUCUGGGUAUCUUAAUCAUCAGAACUGAACCCGGCUUUCAGGCUUUCAACUGGCUGGGUGUACAAGUCCAGACCUUUUUGAACUAUACAAUAGCUGGGUCCGGCUUUCUCUUUGGAAAUGAUCUCAUCAAUGGUAUCUUUGCAUUUCAGGCCCUGCCCAUUGUGGUCUUCUUCAGCUGCGUGAUGUCUAUUCUCUACUACGUGGGUGCAAUGCAGUGGCUGAUUGUAAAGAUUGCGUGGUUGAUGCAGGUUACCAUGGGAACAUCAGCUACAGAGACACUGAGCGUCGCCGGCAACAUCUUUGUGGGGCAGACAGAGUCACCACUUCUCAUCCGACCAUACCUGCCAGAAAUGACCAAGUCGGAAAUCCAUGCCGUAAUGACUGGAGGGUUCGCUACGAUUGCUGGCAGUGUCCUUGGGGCCUACAUCUCCUUUGGGAUUAGUGCCUCCAGUUUGAUCGCAGCCUCAGUGAUGGCAGCCCCUUGUGCACUGGCUCUGUCUAAACUCAGCUACCCAGAACUCGAAGAAUCCAAGUUCAUGAGUAAAGAAGGAGUGAAACUAGAGGCUGGAGGAGAACAGAAUAUUCUAGAAGCGGCGAGUAAUGGUGCCUCAGCCUCUAUUAGCCUGGUUGCAAACAUUGCAGUGAACCUCCUGGCGUUUCUAGCAAUUCUGGAAUUUUUAAACGCGGCUCUGUCCUGGUUCGGUGGAAUGGUGAACUACCCAGAGCUCAGUUUCCAGGUUAUCUGUUCCUAUGUCUUUAUGCCCAUCGCCUACAUGAUGGGAGUGGACUGGAAUGAUUCCUUUCUCGUUGCUGAACUGAUUGGGAUCAAGCUGUUCCUUAACGAGUUUGUGGCUUACCAGAAGCUCUCUGUCUACCAGAAAAACCGACUGAAUGGUGUCGCAGAGUUUAUCAAUGGCAAGAAGCAGUGGAUUUCUGUCAGAGCAGAGAUAUUAUCUACAUAUGCUCUUUGUGGCUUUGCAAACUUUUCAUCAAUCGGGAUAAUGCUUGGAGGACUCUCUGCCAUGGUUCCAGGCCGUAAGAGCGAGAUAUCAUCGAUUGUCAUGCACGCCCUGUUUACAGGAUUUGUCACAUCGCUGGUGAAUGCGUGUGUCGCAGGAAUCCUCAUUGUGCCUAUGGAAUCUGUACACUGUGUGAGCUACCUCAGCAGCAGCUUUUUCAAUGUAACCAGUGACAACCUGUUGACCUGUUGCAGAGACCUCUACAGCAGUGUGGUGCUCAAUGUGACUGGAACUAUCACAUUCACUGGAGAAUGGUCAAGCGUCAAUCAGAGUAUAAUAUUUUUACAUAAGUGUUGUGGUUUGUAUAACAAUAGUGUUUGUACAGUGUGAACGAUGCCUAUUUCCUCUGCUAACGAAGAUAGCAAUGUACAUGUUGAACAGACCUAUGUGUGACAAAUCAUAUAUCCUGAAGUGUGGAGACGAUGCCAAUUAAUUCGUCACAGGCCAAGGACGGGAGAUGUGAGGCCUGCAACAUUUACACGUAGCAGUGACCAUCCUUCCAGAAUUGAUUGGUCGAUGUGCCACUUUAUAUUGUAAUUUGAUUGCUUUGCUUGUUGCUAGUUUGUGACAUAAGCCUGUGAUAUCGGGGCUGAGGGAGAGGGAAGACAGAGUGUGUGACGCGCACACACACACACACACACACACACACACACACACACACACACACGGUGACGUCAUCUCACAGCAGAGGUGACUGUUCAGCCCUUGAUUUCCAUGUUGGCUUUCUGUAUUUAGUAAAAUCUGGUCUGUCCUAUCCCUCACUCCAUGCCCCCAAACAACUCCCAGCACAAAUCAAUAAGGCACGCUCUGGCUCAAAGGAACCAUAGCAGUGGUAAAGCUGAUGACGCCUUGAAGGGAGGGAUGGGGGUUUUCUUGCUGAGUGUUUACUUCCUUCAAGUGCCUCCAAUUUCCUUUCGAAACUGUUGACUGUCUCAAUUUCUACCAUCCUCAGUAGCAUCUAAAGGGGCAAGGGUAAGAGAGACAGCAUUUAUUGCCCAUCCCUAAUUGAGUUAAGAAUUAACCACUUUGCUGUGGGUCUGGAGUCACAUGUAGGCCGGACCAGGUAAGGACAGCAGAUUUCUCAAAGGACAUUGGUGAACCAGAUGGGUUGUUUGUGUUAUAGAACAGAGGGACCUAGGGGUUUAGGUGCAUAAUUCUUUGAAGUUUGCAUCACAGGUACUCAGGGUGGUUAAGAUGGUGUUUAGCACACUUGCCUUCAUUGCUCAGACCUUUGAGUAGAGGAGUUGGGGCGUCAUGCUGAGGUUGUACAGGAUGUUGGUGAGGCCUCUUCUGGAGUACUGUGUCCAGUUCUGGUCAACCUGCAAUAGGAAGGAUGUUAUUAAACUGGGGAGGGUUCAGAAAUGAUUUACCAGGAUCUCGCUGGGAAUGGAUAUCUUGAGAUAUGAAAAUAGACUGGAUAGGCUGGGACUAUUUUCACUGGGAGGGUAGGAGGUUGAGGGGUGACCUUACAGAGCUUUAUGAAAUCAUGAGAGGCGUGGACAGGGUGAAUGACAAGAAUUUUUCCCCUAGGUUGGGGGGGGUGUUUGAAACUGGAGAACAUAUUUGUAAACUGAAAGGAGAAAGAACGUGAGGGACAGCUGUUUUACACAGAGAGUGGUUUCUGACCAAACUUCCUGAGGAUGUGAGUACAGUUACAGUAUUGAAAAGAUGUUUGGGUACCUUCAUGAAUAGGAAAGGAUUGGAGAGAUAUGAGCCAAGUGGGACUAGUUUAGCUUGGUCUGCUUGGACCAGAAGGUCUCUUUCUGUGCUGUAUGACUCUAUGAUUGAUAAUGGCUACCAUUAGAGUAGCUUUUCAUUCCAGAUUUUAAUGGAUUGAAGUUUCACCAUUUGCUAUGGUGGGAUUUGAACCUACAUCCACAGAGCAUUAGCUGGGGCCCUGGGUUACUAACCCGGCGAGAUUACCAGUUACCAAUGACAUUUGCUAUGCCCAGUAGUGAGCAAUGGGAUGCUGAGGGUGGAGUGACGUCCCCACCCCACUCCAGUUCUGAUCAUUUCUGUGACUCCACAAUGUCAGAAUUAAGUCUGCUUAUGUCCUUCCCCUUCUCCAAUCCUGGUUCUUAUGUUCCCGCUUGUUCAUUUGCCUGACAGACCAUCCUCUAGAAGGUUCUUCUAGCACAUUGACAAAGCCCCUGCCUCUGUGCCAGGAGGUCGAAGCCAAUUCCCGCCUGCUCCAGAGGUGUGUGUCAUAGCAUCAUUGAACACAUUGGUUAGGAGUGAUAUCACAGACUGCACUCUGGACUAAGACGCAGCUGAAACCCCGACAAGCUGUCUGCCGCCUGUCAUUCACACUCUGGAGAGAAGGCGUUCACACCCGCUAUUUGGUUGGAUGAUGGGGGAGGGGGUUGUGGGAAGUAGGUCUGCACCUAUAAGGAUCUAUGCAUGGUCCGGUAGAUCGCUGAGCUGCCUGCUGGCACAUUCCUCUCUUUGGUAUUUUCUCUCUAUCCAAGUAGUCCUCACCCUUUUUCCCUUCAGCUGGAGUGGAAUGCAGUGAUCCUGGGCAAGACUCUCGUGGGCCCUAUCGUGGCUGGGCAGACCGCUGCAUUGCCAGGGGCGCAGUCUCCCCCUGUCCCCGCACCUACUAGAACCCCCUGGGGAGCAGGGAGGACAUUCUAUCCCAACCCUCAGCACCAACAUCAAGCUAGCAGUCUCUGUAACUGGGACCAUUGUGAGGAUGGGCAGAGAUGGUAGAUGUUCAUGUGCCCUAUGGUGAGAUGUAGCUGCCACUCCUGUUCUGCUAGUGCAGGAUAUGGCCUAGAAGACCCGGGAGGCCUGUACCUCAGCCAUGGUCCCACUGGGAGCUCUCAGUCCAGUUAGUGGAGUAGGUUAUUGAGUCUCUCGCAUCCAAACAGUGAUUGGAAACAGCCAUAACCCACUCAAAAUCCCACCGUUCAGAGCCACAAUAAUUCGCUCUGGGAUUUGCUGCAGCUCCCAAAAGGACAAUAACACUGACAUAGUGCCGUUUGCAACCUCAGGAUGUCCUCAGGAGCAAGUCAGCUGCAUACUGAAGCCCACACACUGUUGUAAUGUAGGAAAUGGGACACAGCAAGGUCCCAAUCUCAGCUCCCUUGUGAUAAUCAGGCGACAGCCCCAAAAUUCCAGGCACUCUGAGAGAGGAACUGGAGCAGUGGAAGCUUCAGGAAGUUUCAACAUCCAAUGAUUAAAUCCCCUGCUCCCCAUCCAGCACCAUCCGAAGCCUGGACUGCACCCCCUUACCGAACCACACCCCACCUCACACACAGACUAUCUUCAAACUGCAGAGGCACACAGAGUCAUCCAGCAUGGAAACAGACCCUUCGGUCCAACUCAUCUAUGCCUACCUCACUGUCCCUACCACUCCACCUACCUUCCAUUUUGCCCAUGUGUCUUGCCACUUCACCCAUCUGCCACUCUGUCCAUUCGGCCCCUCACUAGAAUUCACUGCUAUCACAUGGGGGUGGGGUUGCAGUUCUAUGACGUAGCUCUCUGAGGGACGCUGCGUUCUCUGUUCCUGGCACAGCCAGGCAACGAGCGGCCCAGAAGAAAUUGAGGUGGCGAAAUGUUCGACAGUAACUGCUGCUCCUCGUGAGGUCCAAGCCAGUACUUGGGAUCCACACCAACAUUGGGCUGGGAUUUUUGGCCGGAAGAUAAAGACUGGCCAGGUCACUCCAGAGUGUUCCCAACCUUCAACCAUCCCAAAAAGGCGGAGAGAGCCUCAGCUUAGCAUCUCAUCCUAAAGAGGGCACCUCUGGCACUGCAGCGCUCCCUCAGCGCUAUCCUGCCCAGCGCAGACUGGGUUCUGCAAGGGACAGAAUUGGGACUUCAAGCCACAACAUUCUCUCUCAAGAGAUGAGGGUUUACCCUCCCUGAGCCUGUAGAGGGCAGCGCUGGUGUAUUAUGUGCAGACGCUUCUCAGCUGGGGGCGCCGACCAUUCAAAAACUAUCCCAACAAUAAAUCUGACGCCACCCGCUAUUUAAGUGCUGACCAGCUUCUCAGCGGAUAGCCGAAAAACUCUGUUUUUAAUUUCAAAGGUACAAAGGUUAUUCAUAACAGUCAUUAUAUAUAAAUAUAGUCACUAAAGCAGUUCUGAAACUUUCUUACUGUAAGUAUUUUUGGCUUUGUCAACUCAAUAAAUAAAAUUCA